UGCUGCUUCCUCUUUUGACUCUUUGUGAAAGGAGAAAGCGCUUCAUGUCUUGGCGUGAACUCCUUCCCCCCUGGCUGGUGAUCAUAGCGGGACUGACGGGCAUCGUGCUGCUUUGCGUCUCCACUAAAGAUGUGCCCGUUACCCCUUUCAGGACUAAGUAUGGCAUUGUUGUGGAUGCUGGCCCAUCCCGCACCAUCCUGUUCAUCUACCAGUGGACCACCACCAAGGCAAACAAGACCGGGGUGAUCAGGGAAUGCAGUUCCUGUCCUGUGCAAGGUCCAGGAGUCUCCAACUACUCAGAUUCUCCUCAGACAGUAGGGAAGAGCUUGGAGCCAUGUUUGAACUGGGCCCAGAAGGAGAUCCCAGCAGAGCAGCACAGCCAAACACCCCUCUACUUGGGAGCAACCACCAGCAAGAGGCAGAUGAACCUCACCCAUCUCCUUGCAGCCCUGACUGUGACCUUGAAGUCAUCCCCCUUUGACUUUCAGGGGGCAAAGAUCCUGUCCAGUCCAGACAAGGAAGCAUUCGAUUGGGUUGCUGUUAACUAUGUCCUGGAGAACUUCUUCAAGUACGACUGGCGAGGACAGUUGGUCCCCUCUGGAAAGGGGAUGGCAGGAGUCCUGUCUGUGGGAGGAACCUCAACACAGCUCACUUCCAAGGUAGAAGAGAACCAGGCACCAGAAGAGGGAGUGAGGCUGCAGCUGUAUGGGCAGAUGCACAACGUGUACACUCGUCACUGCCCCUGCCAUGGCACAGACCAGCUCCGCAGUAGACUGCUCUCUAUGCUCAUUCAAGAUCAGAGAAGUGCUAAAACUGUGUCUAAUCCCUGCUGGCCCCUCACCUACUCCCGGGAAGUGCAGUGGCAAUCAGUGCAUACUGGGCCUUGUGCUCUCAGUGAUGACACAUUGGACAUCCCUGGCCCUGAGGAGGUCUUCAACAUCACUGGCUCCAGCAACCCCACUGCCUGCAUAAGGCUUGUGCAAAGCCUGCUCAACUCAUCUUCUUCCUGCAGCUUCUUCAAGCAUUCCCUCAGCAGUGUUUUCAAGCCCCUCCGGACCAGGUUUCUGGUGAUUUCUGAGGCCACGGACUUCAUGAGAGAAACUGUACCCUCUCCUGACUUGGGUCAGGCAGUCAACAGGCUUUGUGGGAUGUCCAUCAAAGAGCUGGUUAAGGAGUCCCAAAAAAGCCUGGAUACACUUGUUGAUUACUGUAUUGUGUCUGCCUUCAUCUUUCAUCUCGAUACAAAGGGAUACACAUUUGACUUUGAUGGGUCUAUCUGGACUGCAUUCCAGAAGAAGAUGGGUGAUACAUCAUCCGGAUGGACUCUUGGGUACCUGCUGAGUCUGACCAACACCAUCCCCCAGGACAGCCCAAGCUUCCUCAAGGGGAUUGAACCUGGGGUCUGGUCUUUGCUCCUUAUCCUCUUUGUCAUGCUGCUCACCGGCUCUUUCAUGCGCAUCUCAUACCGAGUGAUGGUCAAGGAAAACAGCUUCAAUAACAGGAACAGCAGUGUUUUUGAUGACAACUGACAGUUAUUCUGGGACUCGAUACUCUUGCCAGAGGGCAGUUAAUAGGGUACAUACAGAAAUCACACAGGUGUAAGUCACUGGAGGUUGCGAGUGAUUUUCCUGCAGGACUCCCAAAGCCUCAGUGCCUUAUUUCAACUUGCUAGCACUUCCACUACUGUACAGAGACAACAGAUCCUGCUCUGCAGGAAACCUAUGAUUCCUGGUGGAUGGCAAGCUAUUCAUUCUCCAAAUGAGAGCAGCCUGCACUGAUCUUGCUUGGGCUGCAGCUGAGAUUACUCAUGUCAACCUAAUGAAAUGAUGCCUCUGAGCAGGCAGGCCCCAAGCUAUUGUAAAGUUAAUAUGGAAUAAUCCUGUCUAAUCAGGAGAGGUGGUGCCUGAAAAAAGAGCUCUGCCCUCUUCUGUGCCCACAAGAGAGACAAUACCUGCAGUAUUGUCAUUAGUGAAGAAUGGAACAGCAUUAAAAUAUAGUCAGAAUAUAACUGCCAACUUGCUUCCAUGUUCAAGGGAAAAAGCAGGUAUUUUCUGCCUGCUACUAUUGAUCUGUCUGUUCUUCCACCUCAGUGAUGGCAUCCAUGCAUCCCUUCCAGCGAAUGCUCUUGCUGACCAAGAAUCCUUCAAAAGCAAUGCUUUUCAGUCUUGGUCUCUACAAAAUGUGCAGAGCAUCAAAGGAGAAACAAAGCGCACAGACACACAGCUGAGUCCCUGUCUCUCAGCUGAGUCAUGGCAACUCAGGGUUAAAAUUGUCAAUUUAAACUCUUUAACCAGGACUUAAAUUAACACAUUUAAUUUCACAUCAGCUAAAAGAGGGUACAUGCUGGGCUAAGGUUCACCAGUUUGUUCAUUCGCACUGAACUGCUUGUCUCAUUGACUCUGAAAGUGAAGUUAUCUCAUCUAACAUUGUCCUUUAGACAAGAGCAGACCCAGGAACAGAAGCUUUCCUAAUUGUCAGUCCAAUUACUCUCAUAUUAGACUGUGACCAGAGUUACUUUAUAAUCCAAUACUCAGGAUUCCUCUGGGACUUGGCAGUCAUUCCAGCAACUCUGGUCUGCUCUGCUCAUCUAAAACAUGAGGUGCUGUACAGAUUCUCUGUGGUGUUGUGACGAAAAGGGAUCGAAUCAGACAAACACUGUCCUUGGACUAAAAUGUUUAGAGUUCUCCUCUUGGAUUGCUUCAGAGAGUUAAACACACAGGCUGUUAAAAGCCUAAGGGACGAGCAUCUCCAAUGCAUUUCAGACCACUUUAAACAGAAAUUAAAAUGCUCACAGAUGCAGUGAUGUGCCUUGCAGGAUUUUUAAAGCUACCAUGGCACCCAAAUCCUUUCAAAUCUGAUUAUUAAUCCCUUGUGCUCCCAACUCAUAUAUAGGACAUACCCCCUCCCCUAUAAUAUUGGGGUAUUCAUAAAUGUUCAGGCCAAUUAAUGAAGGUUUGGAACCUGUCAGUCAAGUUUGGAGGGGUGUGGAAACAGAUUUAAACAAGCUUCAUAUUCAUUUCUUUGAGUUGCACAUUAGAUAUUUUUAAUUAUAUCAUGUUAUUAAAGAUGUUUUAAUAGAC